CUUAUUAAAUAGAAAAUAUCAAAAUGAUGCUUAAAUUGGCAUGUAUCGCAAUUCUCAUUGCCGGACUUAUGGCGGCGGAGAUGUCAACCUACAAAGAGGUUCAUCCUAGCCCUAACAAAUGUGCAAAGCAAUGCUACAGUCAGUUUUCUGGCAAAGAUGAUGGUUCUAAAGUGAAGUGUGAGUCUUGCUGUGCUGGAUGUGGAUUUCUGAGUGCCAUUGGCCUUACGGAGGUGAACGAUGAAGUUGGAAAGGAGUCAGCUAAAACAAGCUGUUAUUCAACCUGCGAGAAGAAUAAAAAGGACUUGGACAGCUGUCACGCCGGAUGUGACAUAGAGUUAGGAUUUGCAGAAGAGGAGCUGAAAAAUAUGGACUUUGGGAUGGGAGGUCUGGACCAACAGCUGUCUGGUCUCACCGACCUGUUCUCUAACUUCUUCUCCGUUCCGGACAUCUUCUCUCUGGAACCAGUGUCCCAGAACCAGCUGGAACAGGCAGCUCAGCAGAAAGAAGUGGGUAAGGCAAUGGACAACAAUGACGUCAUCCUCGGAAGCGACGAGGAGGCGGCUCUGAAUGAGUUCGAAAACCUGCUCAAGAAUAUCGGAAUCCUCGUGCCCGUUGAGCAAGACGCGGAGGCCAAGAAGUACCCGGAACUGUCGUACAAGGAUAAUCACGGGGAAGAUCGCCGUGAACACCAAUAUGGAGAUCACGAUGAAGAAGAGAGAGGAGAUAUGGCGUACCUAAGAGGCAUCUGGCAGGACAGGAACACCAUGCAGAUCCUCCUCAUCUCCUCAAUCACCGCAUGCCUGUUCGCCAUCCUCUGGAUGUUGUGCAACUCCUCCAACGACCCAGUGGUGCGACGAGUGGCACCUGCGUCUGACACCUCUAGCGAGAAGCCACCUUCCUACAAUGUAAUCUACGGCGCAAACGAGAAGAAGUUCCCGAUCCUGGUGGUCGCUGGAAUCGAUGAGCAGGCAGAUGAGCUCCCCCAGAAGAUGCCACUGGGAUACUCCACUCAGAUCUAGAGCGGACUGAGAGAUUUGAAGAGUGUUCAUAUCGAAACUAAAGAGUAGAACUAAUUAGGAUGGAGAUGGGGUCUGCAAUACUUCGCAUUUCAAACUACUGAGACUAAGCAACUUGCUUAAAAUACACUUUUAUUCAUUUUCAUGAAGUGAAGUUACUUAUUAGUGAAGACAUUCCUUGACUUACGCCUUCAUAUGUAAUCUGUUUCAUUCCCUGGUUCAUUGAAUUCUUUUUUGGGCUUAAAAACUUUUGGUCUUGAGUGAUUUGUCAAUAUCAAUGUAAAUAGUUAUCAAUGUGUUCAUUGCGAUUCAAUUUGGAUUGUUUGGGAGCUCUUAGAUUGAAUUUUAGUUAACACUAAUUGAAAUAUGAAAAGUAUGUAGUCACGGUGCUUCAUAGAACGUUCGAAUCUGGAGUUGAAUACGCUCAGGAACUUAAAUAUUAUUUUUAACAUGACGCGUAUUUGAUUUCGGGUCAAUACACUUUAAGGUGACUGGAAUCGUAAUCUUAUUACCUCUACAUGUAGACUGCUUUGAAAAAAAUAUGGAUUCAAAUUGAAUUGACAAAUGUUGAAGCCUG